CGCGCCCCGGCCGCCCGCCGGUGCCCCGCACGCCGCCCGCGGCCACGGCCCGCCGCCCCGGGAUUCCCGCUCGGCGGCCGGGGGACCCAGCUCGUCCCGGGGACCUCGGCGGCGCCUCGAGCCCGCGCCGCGCUGGGCGCUGUAUGCGGGGCCCGAGCCCCGCGCACCGGCCGGAGCCGCCCCCGCGCCCCGCGCCUCGCGCCCCGCGCCGCCCGUGACCACUUGAUGGGGGUCAACGGCACCGCCGCCGCCGCCGCCGCCGCCGGGCAGCCCAAUGUCUCCUGCGCGUGCAACUGCCAGCGCUCUUUGUUCCCCAGCAUGGAGAUCACGGAGCUGGAGUUCGUGCAGAUAGUGGUCAUCGUGGUGGUGAUGAUGGUAAUGGUGGUGGUGAUCACAUGCCUGCUGAACCACUACAAGCUAUCGGCCCGCUCCUUCAUCAGCCGGCACAGCCAGGCCAGGAGGAGAGACAAUGGACUGUCCUCAGAAGGAUGCCUGUGGCCCUCAGAGAGUACGGUGUCGGCCGGAAUGUCAGAGCCGCAGGUCUAUGCCCCUCCUCGACCCACUGACCGCCUGGCUGUGCCCCCCUUCGUCCAGCGGAGCCGUUUCCAGCCCACCUACCCCUACCUGCAGCAGGAGAUUGCCCUGCCACCUACCAUCUCCCUGUCUGAUGGGGAGGAGCCCCCACCCUACCAGGGUCCCUGCACCCUCCAGCUCCGGGACCCUGAACAACAGCUGGAGCUGAACCGAGAGUCUGUGCGCGCACCUCCCAAUCGGACCAUCUUCGACAGCGACCUUAUGGACAGCACCAUGCUGGGAGGCCCUUGCCCCCCCAGCAGUAACUCGGGCAUCAGUGCUACCUGCUAUGGCAGUGGUGGGCGCAUGGAGGGGCCGCCCCCCACCUACAGUGAGGUCAUCGGUCACUACCCAGGGUCCUCCUUCCAGCACCAGCAGAGUCACGGGCCGCCCUCCCUCCUAGAGGGGACCCGGCUCCAUCACCCUCACAUUGCCCCCCUGGAGAACAAGGAGAAGGAAAAACAAAAAGGUCACCCCCUCUAAGAGUGGGAGCCGGGGCACCUGUAGGCAAAGCAGCAAAAACACUCUGCACUUAGAGAGAAGAGAGAGGAAGGCAGGGGACACACAGGCCUCGUGGCAUGUGCCAGUUCUCCUCUAUGUGUAUAAAUAUUUACAUGUUUUGUGUGGUCUGAAUGCAGAAGCUCAGAAAGCUUGCAAAAAAAAAAAAAUCACCAUGUUUCUUUGUCGAGCCAUGUCUUGAAGGCGGAAGAGAAAACCCUCCACUAGUCUUUUCUCGUUGUUCUUAGUUGAGCUCCGUGCGUGAAUUGCCUAAUUUCUUUUUGUUUAUGAUGGUUUCACUUAUCUUUAAAGACAUAUUUGCACAAAACCUUUGUUUAAGAUCUGCAAUAUUAUAUAUAUAUAAAUAUCUAUAAGAUAAGAGACACUGUAUGUGGGAGAGCAGGAGUAUUUUUGUACUAGAAGAGGCCUAUUAAAAAAAAGUUGUUUUCUGAA